AUGGAUCCAGACAAGACCAGCACCGAUGGCACAGACAACAUGAGGGGUUCAACAGGUUCGCAACCUCUCCUCUCGACACCCGACAUGGACCGAAGAAUCAGACGCGCCUUUGACCGUCGCGUCAUGCCCGUCGUUUGCUGUCUCUACGUCCUAUCGUAUCUCGACCGUGGUAACAUCGGCAACGCCAAGACCGCCGGUGCACAAGAGGCGUUGAGCCUGAGCUCCGAUGACUGGGCGUGGGUUCUCAAUUCGUUCUAUAUCGCGUAUAUCCUGUUUGAGUGGACGACUAUGCUUUGGAAGAUAUUCCCUGCUCAUAUUUAUGUUUCUAUUCUCUGUGUUUGCUGGGGGACGGCCGCGAUGUGCUCCGGGGCAGUUCACAGCAUGACUCAAUUGAUAGUCACGCGCAUAUUUCUGGGUAUUUUCGAAGCUACCUUUGGUGCUGGUGCUCCAUUCUUCUUGUCGUGUCUGUACAAGAGGAGAGAACUGGGUCUUCGAAUGUCCAUCCUGCUUGGCAUGUCCCCUCUUGCAAACACAUUUGCGUCGAGCUUAGCAUACGGUAUCACCCAUAUCAAGGGAUCCUUAGCACCAUGGCGAUUGUUGUUCAUCAUUGAGGGCGCACCAACUAUCGCCUUCGCUCCCAUCGUCUACUUCUUCCUCAUCGACUCCCCCGCAACCGCCAAAUUUCUCACCGAAGAAGAGCGAUAUUUCGCCGUCCAGCGUGUCCAAGGUCCCGACGGUGCCAAGAAGAAGGUCAAUUGGAGACAAAUCAUCGCCGGGAUACUCGACUACAAGAAUUACGUCCACGCUGUCAUGCACUUCUGCUGCAACUUUUCUUUCGCGGCUUUAUCUAACUUCCUUCCUACCAUCGUUAACGCCAUGGGCUAUAGUUCUAUCAAUGCACAAGGACUCACAGCGCCGGCUUACUUCACAGCGUUUCUGCUCUGUAUGGGCGCUGCGUUCUUCUCGGAUCGGUGGGGAAAUCGUGGGUUUGUCGUUGCGGGAUUUGCUGCCAUAGCUACGGUGGGUUAUGGCCUACUUGCUGGCAUUCAGGACAUUCAUCGCCCGGGUCCCCGAUACGCUGGGGUAUGGCUCGCUGCUUGCGGUAUUUUCCCAGCGUUAUGUAUCAAUAUUACAUGGUUACUUAACAAUCAGGGACGGGACUCGAAGAAGGGCGCGGGUCUUGCCAUUACGCUGAUAAUUGGGCAAUGCUCGUCUCUCCUCAGCAGCUACAUGUUUCCAAAAGAGGACUCACCAUUCUUUGUCAAGGGUUGCGCGAUUGGUUGUGGAAUGAGUGGCGCUAUUGUAGUUCUGGCAUUGUUCAUGCAUUUCGCACUGGAGAGAGAGAACAGGCGCAACGAGAAGAUUCACGGGCCUUUAGAUAAUGACGCCGAGCUCGAUGUUUCUGACGAGGAUGGGAACACCAAGAAUUUCAGGUACCUGACCUAA